AUGACUCGGUGGUUUCCCUGGGGGAAUACAAGUAACGACGAAAAGCCCUCGCAGCAGGAUAAUGAGGUUGCCCCGAAAGACACACCGGGUAUACAGUCAGACCCACUCACUGGUCAGCACGAUGAUGCUAUGCUUGUUGAUGCCCGAGUCGAAUCUAUCGCCAACAGUACACAAGAACAAAAGCACGACGACAACCUUGGUGACAACACUGAGUCUUCCCUCCACAACCAUGCAGAGGAAACUGUUCGCGUCGUCAAACGUCCAAAGGCUGAAUCAGAUAUGGACGAGGACAACAUCGAAUAUGUCAGCCCUUCCAAGAAACCACGUUCUCCUGCACCUCAAUCUGAUGCCGAGAGUCUUCCACCUCAAGCUCACGAGACAGAGCGUGUUGAUUCACCCAACAAUUCUGACCACUCCACCGCUUUGAACGAUACUGGCUUCGAGGACCAUCCGGAACCUAACACCAACCUUCUCAGGAAUCUUGAGACACGACCAAUCACUGUGCCUCAACUCAUCCAAGAGGUCAAAGGGAUAUAUGCCGGGCUAGUCAUGGUUGAAAAGAAAUGUACUGAGAUUGUCACCCAACAAACAACAAAUCCAACCAAGCUCAGUAAAGAACAGUGGCAGGCUUUGAUUGCCCUCCACAGGACUUUGUUAAACGAGCAUCACGAUUUCUUCAGCGCGUCUCAUCACCCUAUUACUAAGGGCCAUGAGCUUCGUGAACUUGCCGCACGCUAUGCUAUGCCCGCGAGGAUGUGGCGUCAUGGGAUUCACGCGUUUCUAGAGCUACUGCGCCAUAGGCUGCCAGAUUCACUGGAGCACAUGUUGUCGUUUGUUUAUCUAGCUUACUCUAUGAUGGCUCUACUUAAAGAAACAGUGCCUGACUUUGAGGAGACUUGGAUCGAGUGUCUUGGUGAUCUAGCCCGGUACCGAAUGGCCAUUGAGGAAGUCGAUCUCCGUGAUAGAGAGGUGUGGUCUAAUACAGCCCGGACCUGGUAUAAUGAAGCUGCUGAUCUGUCUCCAAAUACUGGCCGUAUCCAACAUCAUUUAGCUGUUCUUGCCCGACCGAACAUAGUGCAACAGCUGUUCCUUUACAGCAAAGCAUUGGUAGCUGCCAUCCCUUUCAAGAAUGCUGGUGAGUCUAUCCUGCUACUGUUCAAUCCUCUAUUGGAUCAGCCUUCUGCAUCCACUUCGCGAUAUCAACCAGCGGAGCUCAGCUUUGUAUGUGCCGCGGCCGUUCUUUUCAAAAGACGUUCUGCCACUGAAUUCGAGAAACACCGAGCCCAAUUUGCAUCCCAUCUGGAAGGACAUAUGACCAGGUCUGGGUCUCGCUUCAAGGUGCAAGGACCAGAAUUCGCUGGAGCUCUCUUUGCGAUGCUGAUGGAUUUUGGAAAUGCCGAGAACCACCUUUGGUCUCUACUGUUCAAGCAUCAACAAGAUAUGAAACAACAAUACUGUGACAAGCAUGCCAAAGAGGUGGACAAGCUUCCCAAGGACUUCGUUGUUCAAGAGCCGGAGUUAAUCAACCCUAAGCGAGCAGAAUAUUGGGCCAGGCCGGACAUCCACCAUGUUCAGGUGGAGGUACCUGAUUCUCGUCUUGAGAAGGAAGUCAUGCUAAGUGACGAUGUCACAUCAUACGUUGGACCCAUGCUGUACAAGACAAUUGCAGAUGUUGCUGGUCAGAUCGGAAACAAGAACGUGGUCCCGUUCAUGCACCAGAUCUUGGCCCACCUACAUGCCCUUACAUGGAUUCCUGGUGCAUCCAUCUACGUUGAGCGAUACAUCCCGUGGGACAGCCUUGUGCAAUUUCUAAACACCGUCGGUCGAUCUGGAGUCUCGUACGAAAACGUUGAGCAUGAUGAAUUUCCAAGAUCGUUCGGCGGUAAUAAACGACAACUGCCCGAGGACUUUGUGAUGCGUGGUCUGAUGUCAAUGACAACAUAUUACGGAGCAAAUUUCUUUAAACCAGAAGAUCUAGUCGAUGAAGAUGAACGCCUUCUCGAACAACCCUCCCACCAAGCACCACGAGUUGAACGAUGUCUUUACUGCGCAAUACAGCUUACAAAGCUCACGAAUCGCUGGAUGAGCUACGACUACAAGGACAAGAAAUUCAGCACGACAGAAUUCAUUCGUGAAAUCCGACAGCCGUGA